AUGAAGAAAAUUACCAAAAAGUUAUCGUCCAAGUACGUGAAGCUCCACAAGAGCCGGCUCCGGCAAGAGGGGUCUAUGAAGUCGGAGGACGGUGGAGAGAUUUUCCAGGAAAAUCACCCGCCCGAAAAUGAAGAAAGUAAUGAGACAAAGGACACAUCGAAGGUUACAAAGAUUAUGGAGUCCAUGCAUCGUAAGCUAAUGCUAAAAGAGAAGACAAGUAAAAAGUACAUCGACGUGGACGAUCAAGAACAUUCCCAGAGGUCUGAACGCUCGGUUAGCAAGGACGACCAGCUUGAAGGUUCUGUUAGAAACAUGAAUCGUGGUGAUAAGGACCAGCUUGAAGGUUCGGUUAGAAACAGUCACAUGGAUCAUCUUGAAGAAUUGAUAAGGGAUCGUAUGGACAAUACUGAAGGUUCCAUUAAGAAAGGCUCUCGUAACCGUGUGGACCAACUCGAAGAAUCUCAGCUUGAAAACGUUACACCUAAAACAAGCGGUCAAGUAGAUCAAUCAGAAGAAUCAACUAAGAAUCCUUCUGAUUUUGCUUCCAAAAAAGAUUAUCUCGAUUGGAUUGAAUACGUUGAAGGUUCUAGUCAUCAUUGUUUCGAUCGAUCCGAAAAUCUUAAAAGCCCACAUAGAAAGGACGACAACGACCAUGAUCAGAUAAGCGUUGGGAUAUCGGAAGGAUCCAUAGAGGGGAAUAACGAUGAGAUGCUAUUACUCAAGAGCUCCAAGUAUAGCAAAAUAAAGUCCAAAGAUUCGAAAGGUUACAAGAAAGGAAAAGGUAGCAAGGUCAAAGAUUCAUUGAAAAGUCAAAUGGUUGACUAA